AUGAAUAAAAACCCAGAAGCCAAUAAAAGUAAGAAGACAAUUAUUAUCGCUCUAAUCCUCGGAGUUCUUAUUAUUCUCGGAAUACAAACAACCAACUCUUCUCUCCAAUCCGCUCAAAAUAGUGCUAUUCAGCAACUAAAAAAUAAACUUCCUCAAAUCCAAGGCACUAAUUCCCAGCAACAACAAACUUUAAACAACAUUUACGGACAAAUUAUCCAAUCCCAACCCAAUCAGCAAGCAAUUACCGAUUAUCAGACUAAAAAAGAAGAGCAAUUAAAUCUUUUAUCCGAAGUAAAUAACUUACUGGAAGAGGAUGAUAAGCCUAUUUUUAUCCUUAUUGCCUCUAACCAUCCAAUUAUCGGUAAAGUUCAACUCCAAGUGGGCAAGAAGUAUGAUUUUUUGGGUAAAAAGAUAGUUCAAACCAUCAAGGAGGAAAGCGAAGUCUAUAUUUUUUACGAACCUGAGGAAUUUAUUUUGGAUUUAGAAGAAGUUAAGUCAGAAACACCCACUCAUGAAAAAACUUGUCCUGUUUGCAAAAAGGCUUGUAAAGAAUGUCAGCGGAAACCAGAAGAGCCUGAAAGCACGGAAGAGCCUGACUAUCACGCUACUCUAAAACCCGAAAGUGAACCAAAUGCUGACACUGUGGCAAUGAUCAGGUGCGAAAAGUGUAGACCUAAACACACUAUUCCCAGUCAGAACACUUUCUUACAUGGUAAUCGUAAUGCCCAAUCAUUUGUGUUUAACCAAAUGGCAGAAAAUACAAGGCGGAUGAGUAGUUUUGGAGUUUUUAACCAACCAGCCGAGCAAAAGGAAAUAAUAGAAAAAGGAGAAAAAAGAGUUUCUAGCCAAGAAGAUAAUGAAGAAAAAAAGGAAAAAGUUCUAAAUUGCCCUAGUUGUUCAGCGACAUUUACCGAGGGAAAAGGGGCAAACUGUUUAAGCAAUUGUUCUGCUAAAGAGUUAGAGGAGGAACAUGAAGAGAUAACUAAAAAAAUGAUUGAUGAUUGCUUACCUGAUAGAAGAAUAGAAGUAAAUCAUCCUCCUACACCUAUUUCUAAAAACAGUAGUAAGAAAAAUUUUCUUCACGCAAUAACUCAUGAGGUAGGACACAUUACUGAUUAUGAUAACCAGUUUACUACCGAAGAGAGGAGAAUUAUUAAAGUCUCACCCAAAAAGACAUUGGCGAUAUUUACCUACGGAAUGAAAGAACGAUCAGGAGGCAAUAAUUUAACCCAGCAAGAGAUAGCAGACUAUUUAUUAAAAGAAAAAGGUUUAGAAGUAAGUCAGCAAGCAGUUUCGAGAACAUUAAAAAAAUACAACAUCACUAAUAAGAAAAUUACUUAUCACUAUGCCAACCAACUGAAAUAUGCUAAGGAAAUUAAAAGUUUUAAGUCUAUGAUUGAACCUUUACUUUUAACUUCUUCCGUUUUAGCACUAGAUGAGUGUGGGUUUCAUCUAAACGAAGCACCUCGCCGUAGUUAUGCGACCAAAGGUUAUCGAGCGAGUUAUCAUUGCUGGGAUGAAAAAAUAAUUGAAUAUUCUCCUUAUGGCUCCCGCUUGAUACCUAGCAACCUUUUUGCCAAGGAACAAUUAGAAAUCAAAAACUCUCCCGAAUUCUAUCAAAAAGCACCAUUCUUAACUAUCGCCAAAGAAUUAUUAAAAUUAAUCCGAGAAAACAAAGCAAAACAAAUCAUUUUCCUUUCUGCCUAUGAUAAAAGAAAGUUCCCUAACGGAGACCCCAGAAAAAAGCAAAUAUUUAAAGAAACUUUUGCAGAAGGUAUUCCUAAUGUUAUCGUCUGUGCUCCUCAUUAUCCGACCGUAGAAAACCAACAUCACGAAAAGGUAUUGCUGAUAAAAACUAGCAUUAGUGAUUUGAAGAAAGAAGAUUUUGUUGUUAACAAAGGAAAAGAAAAAGUUACCGAAAUAGAUAAUUUUUUAUCAGAUUGUUGCCAAGUAAUAAUAAAAGAAUAUCAUGUUUUGAGCAAUAAAGAUAUAAUUCAAGCCAAUUAUUCUUGUCCAAAGUGCGGAAAGUAUAUCAAGAUUUAUCCUAGCCAAGAAAAAGCCAAAGAAAUGGAUGAGCAAGAAAAAGAAGAAGCAUUAGUUAAAUAUUGA